AAUAAAUGACGUAAUUUUUGUACGAAAAAUGGAUUCUUGUAUUGUUUUGAACGAUAUUUUGGACGAAUUGCGAACCGAAUUGUCGCGAGUUUCUCGAGAGCUCCGAUUCGCCAAUCAGUGCAUCGAAAGCCUGUUUGAAUUCAAACACGUGUUGGACGCCAUCUGUCGGCGUUUCGGACAAACAUUUGACACAAAACUCGCGAAAACUUUGAAUGAUUUGAAUUCAAAACACGAAAGCCUUUUGCAAAGCGUUCGAAAAGAGACGCCAUCUGUCGUCGCGCGCAGAAAGCAGUACUCGUUUGAGUGCCGUUUCGUUGGCUGCGGUUUCCGCACGAAUCGCAACUCACGGCUCGUCGCCCAUAGCAACCGUCACUCCGGAGAGCGGCCCUUCGCGUGCGCGCAAUGCCCGAAGAGUUUCGUCGGGAGAGAGGCGCUGACCAAUCACUGCCGAGUCGUCCACCAGAGGACAGCACUGCGCUGUGUGGCCGCGGAGUGCGCGCGACGGGCGCGACGUCGCGCGCAACGCCCUCUGGCGGCCGAACCCAAGACUGAGUUCUUGUGUUCGAAAUGCGAUUAUAAGUCGAAAACACGUCAGGCUUUGAAUCAACACAAAGUCGUGCACAACGAGAGAACAAUGAAAUGCGAUUUCUGUCCAAAACUGUUCAAAAGUCGCAAACAAUUGAAAUGUCACGCGAUUUCACACCAAUUGGAGCCGCAAUUCAAAUGCGAUCGCGAGACGUGUGGCGCCGCCUUUCGGACGCGCAAAACACUGCGAAACCACCUUUUGAAACACGCGAACGCAUGCGCAGCGCACGCCUGCCUGUGGCCGGGCUGUGACUUCCGCGCUCACGAAGAAUGGCUGCUGAGAAGACAUCUUUGCGUCCAUUCGCAGGAAAAGCCGUUUUCGUGUUCGGAAUGCGAACAACAGUUCCGCCGAAAGCACGCGCUGAACGCACACGUGCGGCGACGACACGCGAUCACGUGA